UAAAUUUUCAUCAAAAACAGAUUAUCAUUUUUCUUGUAGCAAACAAACUCUUCUCUUUAAGUUUCAAGUUUCAUCCUGACUUUAAUUAACCAUUCUCUGCUGGACGAUUGUUCGGUUCACAAUUUCGCUGCAACGCGCUUAAUUGCAUUUUUUCUUGUCCAGCUCUGUUAGUAUGUGUCAUCAUGCAUAAUGUAAUCCAUUGACUUGCUUUCAAUCAUCAAUUGAAAGCGUCGUCUCUAACCGUUUUACCGUCGUUUAAAGCAGCUUUCUUGCGCACUCUCCCCUAUUCAUGUUCGCCAUGAUUAGUGAAUAAGGGAAACCUCACUUGUUUAGCAUAAAACUUGCGCCAUUAUUGAGACUCUGUGCCUCCUAAUUCCCUAUUUGAAUCAAUUAAAAGAACCGUAAUGUUUUUUCCAUGAUUCCAAAAGUCUGUUAGUGGUAUCCAUUUUAAAGAACAUGUACGUUUCUGUCUCCAGGCUAUUAAAAAAACCAAUGUACACCAUUCGGUGGAGGAAUCUUCAAUCUGCUAGUAAUCACAAAUAUUAAUUCGCUUACUGUUUUUGUUACACUCUUGUACGUACUGGCAGGAAACUGACGAAUGGGGAACAUAAGUGUGUCAAUUUUACCCAAUGGACAAUACAGUACGCUUUGGAAUCAGGAGAAAGUUCCGUACUAGACGAUCCUGUUUAGAGAAAAGAGCAUGAGCUACAGAGUUUCGCAUUUGCACACGAUGCAUAAAACAAGCGAAAACCUAGAUAUACAGAGCAAGAAACGAACACAGUUGUACGAGAGACGGAGGGUUGACUUUGUAAAUGUACACCCCAAAGGCAGAAGAAGUGCCUUUUUGAUUGAGUUGGCCAAGAAACAAAUUAGAAAUUCGUUGAACUUUUAUAUUUCAGCUGCAAUAAAAGUAUCCGUCACAGAACAAGUACAGACUUUUUCACGUCUACCGGUAAACUUUAAGAUACUGUUACUGUGUCUUAUUGAGAUGAAAGUUUUCUUUUUGGUUUUCUAUGAAUCCGAAAUUUUUGUCACGUAGACUCUUUACUCCGUGCUCGUCCAGCCAUAACUUCAAAUUCGUUAAGCAUCGAAAAUUGCCUCCAUUUUUGUCUUAACAUGGCCCUCACAGUUUCAUUCUUAAGAGACUCGUGCAUGUUGACGGGCUUGAGCACUGUGGGGAGAAAAGCAGAGUUAUUACAGAAACUCAUAUCAACACCAGUACAUACAACGAAGAAUGUACUCGCCGUUGAUCUGGGCAUCCAUAACUUAGCCGUGUGCUCGCUGAGUGCUUCUAAACAAGGGGAAUCACCAGUCAUUCACCAUUGGCUCAUGGAUGACUUGUGCCGACCUGAUAACGUCUUUGGUGUAAAAUGGUCAGGCAAGUUUGAGCUUCCUGAAAUUGCAGAUUUGGCAUACCAAUUGCUCGCACGACUGCACGUCCUGUUUCAGCCGCAGUACAUCCUUUUGGAAAAACAGAGAUUCCGUACGGGUCGGGCGACUAUUCCAGAAUGGACAUUAAGAGUAAACUCCCUAGAAUGUAUGCUCCACGGUAUCCAUUACGCGCAAAGACAGAUUGACAGUGCGAAACCUCAGUCUCGUUUACUGGCCAUAAAUCCAAAACAAGCUUAUACAUAUUGGAGUCGAACGACCGACUGCCAUGUUACCGGCCAAACGUAUGCUAAUAACAAGUCUUGCAGAGUUGACCUAGUUCGUGAACUGCUUGCAACUAAUCAACUUGUUCUAAAACUUCCAAAUGGCGAAAGUCAAUUCCAGCAAUUUCAAAAGGAAAAAGACAACAUAACAAAACAUACUCCGAAAAAGAGACAGUUUGACUUGGCCGAUUCCGCGCUGUUGGGCCUUGCUUGGAUUCGUUGGCAGUACCAACUUCAAACGUUUCAAUCAAUGUAUACAGACGCCAUCAUGACUGCCAAAUCUGAUCCGAAUAGUCGAAAGAAAUUAGAACCCCUUGUGACACAGGUGAAUUAAGAGCAAAUUGCCUAGACGUCCAAACCGGUGCAGAAAAGCCUGUAGCACGUUUCAAAAGUCGACCAGUCAUUCAUAACAUUCUCAUUCGCACACUCAAGAUAUCAGGAUACCAUUUUAGCAUAGCUCAUCAUAAGUAAAUCAUUACGCUCCAUAAUCAUGUUUUUUCCAUUAGCGUUUUACCCAGGUGUACUUUUUACGG